UUGGCCAGUGCAGGCAGCGGGUUCCUCGGUGCCCGGCUCCUGCCCCCGUCUGUCCCGGACCCCUCCCCCCGCAGUCUCGGCUCCCUCCUCCUGCUCUCCCUCUUAGUUCUGGGGGUUUGGGCAUGGUGGGAGCUCUCCCGACCGGUGGAACUGAUCCGGGGUCCCGAGGAAGUGGGCUACAUCCCUGAGAGGGGCCGGGACAAAGCCUACACCGCCAACCAGGUGCGGAGGAGGAGGAAGAAGGGCGACCUGCCCCCGGUCUACCCCAAUGGCUGGUACCACCUGCUGGACUCCCACCUCCUGGAGCCAACCAGCGUCCACAACCUCACCGUCUGCGGUGAGCAAGUGGCAGUGUACCGAACUGCAUGUGGCAAGGUGUAUGUUGUAGAUGCCUACUGCCCUCAUCUUGGUGCCAAUCUUGCCGUGGGAGGCAGAGUAGUCGGAGAUUGCAUAGAGUGCCCAUUUCACGGCUGGCAGUUCCGUGGAAAAGAUGGAAAGUGCACCAAGAUACCAUAUGCUGAAAAAGUGCCAGAGUUUGCGAAGAUUAAGACAUGGGCAAGCUGUGAGAUAAAUGGAAUGGUGUUUGCAUGGUAUCACUGUGACCAUAUUGAGCCCACUUGGACCAUCCCUGAACAGGAGGAAAUCACCAGUAAGAAAUGGGUGUACAGGGGGCGCACCGAGCACUAUGUUAAUGCACACAUAGAGGAAAUACCAGAGAAUGCGGCGGACAUUGCUCACCUUGAUUUUCUGCAUGAGCCGAGCAUCCUGAGUGGGAUUGACUUACGAUACACAAAGUCGAAGAUGUGGGAAUUUUUGAGGCACACAUGGAAGGUUCAGUGGGAGGCAGAACCAGCCCCUAACAAGCAUUGUUCUAGAAUGACGCUCAAACAUGCCUCACUAGUUUUUGGGAAACACUUCUCACUGCUCGAUGUGGAUGUUGUUGCUCGUCAGGUCGGACCUGGAAUAGUGUUUUUGAGCUUUCAACAUUCCUUCCUGGGCCAAGGCAUAAUUCUGCAUUGCGUGACCCCUGUGGAGCCUCUCAUGCAGAAAGUAUCACACAGCAUCUACUACCAGAAGAAUUACCCCACCAUCGUCCCUAGGUUUAUUUUGUUGGCAGAGUGUACACAGUUUGAACGGGAUGUGAUGGUCUGGAACAACAAAAAAUACAUCAGCAAGCCACUACUUGUUAAAGAGGACUCUGCCAUUGCCAAACACCGUCGGUGGUACUCCCAGUUCUACAGUGACAACAGCCCUAGGCUUACCUUCCAGGAGGAUGGGCUGGAUUGGUGA